GUGGAUAUGCAUUUCCGUUCAAGGCUGCUGAUAGUAUUAUCAAAGGAUUGAUUUUAUUAAGUAUUUAAUUUUCAAAGUAAGUACAAAAUUGAAUAUCAGAUUAAAAUUAAAGACACAGUACUCGUUUGAGAAUCAGUGUCAUGCUGUUUUCUGUUUUUUGUUUUUUAAAAAUAUAUUUGUUUUAUUUGUUGGCUGUUUUACUUUUCACUCAAUUUCGCGGAAAAAAACACAGCACCGAUGUUUUAAAUCAAUCGAUGAUUUCAAUGCAUAACCACUGCAGUCUGACGUUUGAUCAUGUCUCGUAUCUUGGUUUGUUUUUUUACAAUGAGUGAUAAAUUAUUUAUAUUUGCUAGACCUAUUGACGUUUUUCUUUUGUUCAUUUUAGUUUUUUAAAUUAAUUAAUAUAAAUUAUAACGACACAUGUUCGAAUAGUUCGAUAAUCCAGUAAUCUUAUCACAUCAUUCUAAUUCAUCAUGAUCAUUGUCAUCAUUUAUUUGAUUUAUUGACAGACACUUCAGACAGUCCCGUAGUUCUUAUAGUUAUAGUAUAUAAAUAUAAUAUAAUAAUUAAUAAUUAUAUUAUUUAAGGUCCUACCAAUAUAUAUUAUUAUUAUGAGUAAUAUAAAUAUAUUUGUAUAAGACUUAAACUUACGAUUCUCGGCCUUUAUUUAAAAAAAAAAAAAUCAAGCUUCAACUUCAACAAUCAAUGGAAUUUUUAUAAUUUUAAUCAUCAAUUCAGUUUCUGUCAUAUUUUAUCAUAAUCAUACAUUUUACUAAUUUUAUUAGAUUUAUUUCGAUGUUCAAAGCUUACUAAUGUAAUAAAACUAUCUUAUUGAAAGUAAUCUUGAGCCCCUUUCAUCAUACUGGUGCAAAAAAAUAAUCCACCAUUUUUUUUUUCCGGUGCUGGUGGGGUCAUGACAAUUGGAAGGAAAUUUCAUUCAACCGGAAAAGCAUAAAUUGGCUAUUUCAAAGUUAUUCCCCACCCUAUUUGAAUGCUUAACUGCUUUAUAAAGGUUUUAAUGUAAUUUUAUUGCUAAAAGGGAGUAUUUAAUACAUAUUUAUAGCUUAUCGUAUGUUCAAAGUGACACAACAAAAUAACAGAGAAAAAUCAAGUUGCUCUAAAGACAUGUGCGUCACCGGAAGACAAAUAUUUAACGUAAUCGAUGACAAAGCAAAUGUAUAAUUAGGAAACUGUGACGUAAAACGCAUAAAUCCGAGGUCACCGUAGAAGCGAUUGUAAGAUGGCCACUUCAAUUUUUGCGUUUUUUUUCCUUAUGCGCUUUUUUUCCUUAUGCGCAGAAUGAAUGCGCAAGGGAGUAUCGGUAUACCUAGUCUUAAUAGAAUGAAAUCAUGAAUGAUAGACUUAGUUAGACUUAGACUUAAGUGAACUUGAGUGACUUAACAUACUUACGUUAUUUGAGAUAGCCUAGGCCUAGUUAUCAUACAGUAUAAUAGUCAUAGUAGUAGUAGUUCAUUAGUGACAUUAGUAGACAUUAUUUUUAGUAUGAAAGUAGUCAGUUAAAGUCAGUGCAUUGCAUAUAAGUGUAUAGCCUAAUAAUUGUAUAUAAUAAUAUAAGGAUAAGGCUUAAAAAUUAAUUUUUAAAAAGUGUACUAACUUUGUAACCCCUAUAAUAAUACCCUAAUGUCAAUGUAGGUAGUCACUAUGAAAAUUAUUGUCUAUAUUAUUAUACUGCCAAUAUUGAAUAUUGCGAAAUAAAAUACUACUGUCAUUUUUAAGCCUGAAAGCAAAGACUUACUACCUACUUACAACUUUGGCUUUGGCUCACUUGUUUACACAAUUAAAAUUUAAACUGAUUGUUGACAGCCAUUGUUGUUUUAGAUAUGGAAGUAGCUUGUAAAAAAAAUUUCGAUUAGACUAUUGAUUCAUUAUUCAAUUAAGUGUAGACCUAUUAUACCAACUCGCUCAGUUUGAAAAUGAAGAGAGCUAAAUUAACAUGGUCAGUAAGGCGAAUACUUUUAUAAUUAAUAUAAUAUCACAAAAUAAAAAUAAAGUUUUAUGUCAACAAGUUAAUAUAAGCCUACUAAUCCAUUUUAAAAUAUUUUAAAUACAAAUCAUCAUCUUCCGCCACCUUGUUUCCAUAUUAAAAUUGCAUGGUGUAUGUGUGUGGACGUGGAAUAAAUAUUAGUCUUCAGUUACAGACAUUCACAUUUUUUAAAAAUCAAGGGCAUAGAACAGACAUAGAAUCAUGCACAGUAACCUUGACCCCAUUAUUUCUAUUAUUAUAUAGAAACACACCAUUUGCCAGUUGAGCAUAUUUAUGGCCAAAUUCAUUUAAUUUAAUUUUGAGUCACCCAUUUAAGGCACAUUUUGUGGCAUAAAAAUAGCCUUAGUAUUGUUUGCUUUUGCCAUCUUUUAAAUUUUAAUUUGUCAUCAAGCAUCAGUUUCCCUUGCUCCCCUAGGAGUGCACCGCAGGAUUUUUCUAAUACAUUAUCAUUGCUGAUGCAAGUAUUGCAUUGUUUAGAUUUUGUAAAAACUUAAAAUUUGGAAUUGAAUUACGAGAAAUUUUGAUAAAUUUCUAAUUAAGAAAAGAAAAGCUUCUGAAAUAACAUUUGUGAUCAAUCAAAUUAGUAGCAAUAAAGGAAACUAAGCCAGUAUUAACGGUUGAACAUUUUGUUCUAGUCGGGAAUAAGUGUAACAGAGAAGUUUCCUAGCCUCGUUUAUACAGUGAAAUUAUGUGCAACUGAUGUUCACAUAUUCUGGUUGUGUAAACAAUCUUUUUUACUGGUGAAAGUUUGCAGAGAUGUAGUUGCAAAUGAUAGUAUGGUCCUGAACAAAUUGAGUUGUCAUUUUAACUCAAAACACAGUGAAAGUUUAUUUUCACAAAUACUUGCAGAAUACUUGAAUGAGAUUGAGCUUUCAAAAUAAAAUAAAAAGAACCAGUCUGCAUUUAGCGAAAUUCUAAGAAAAACUCUGAAGUCAAGUAACUUGGUUGCUCAAAAUAAGAAUUGCUAAAAAUAAGGAUCCACACACUUUUGCUGACUCCUCUUUAAUGGUUAGAAUGACUAAAAAGCAUGUUAUCAAGAUGAAAUGUUUUGGAAGUACUGUAACAGAGUUUUAAACAAUGUGAAAUAUUUUAUCACCUAUUUGUUUAAAGAAAAGUCUUUUUUUAUUAAAUACAUGAAGGCUAUUUAUUUAUUAAAGUCUAUAAUAUCAAAGAAUUUUAAUUUGAGGGAUCCUCUAGUUCACGUCAAAAUCAUCUUAUAAUGUGUUGCCUUCAUGGCACAGAUGAUUGACAUUGAAAGAUUGGGUAUGUUGAAUGAUGUAUCAAUUAUUCAAAAUAAUCUUUGAUUAAUACUUAUAGUUAAAAUGAAUUUAAAUAAAUAAUAACGUUCAUAAUGAUAGUAAUUGGAAUGAAGGUUGAAUAUAAAAAAUCUUCUUUUAGAUCGCAGGCUAUGAAUGUGUUGCUAAAUUUUGAAAUAAAUUUUUUUUAAAUUAAAAAAUACUGUUUUAGUAUCAAAUCUGAAUAUUCUUUAUGGUAACUGAUUUUUAAAUAAAAAUAAGUGCUCAGUGUACAUGAUGCUCUAGAGUUUGCUUCUCCUAGAAAUUAAUUAUUAUUGAUUAUGAGAUUUAACGAUUCUCAAAAAUAAAGGAAACAUGUUUGUACUAAUGAAGGCAUGUACAGGCAAACUCUCAUGAGCUGUAGAUUUCCAACCAUAUCAAAAAGUCCAGUUUUUGUCUGUGAAUAUUUACUGGAAAUUUGACCAAAAAAAAUUUUUUAAAUAUUAUUUUCAGGCGCAAGUCUUUCAAGAUGUGAAUGCAAUAAUCUUCAUUUGCAACAGAACCUGAAAAAUAAACAUCUACUUGAAUGCAUUUGGUUGUAAUUUGCAUUUAAGGCUCUCGAAAAGAUCACUAUUGUACAAUGCAGUGGACUAACAAAGUUAAAUACCAAGGACAAGUUAAGACCGCAGGCAUUGGCAAGCAGAUGUCAUGGAAGACUGGCUUUGUUGACUUUGAUUAUGAUGAAAUAAGAGACAAAUGGAUGGUGAAAUUGACUUUCAAUGUCAAUCCAAACCGGGUUUUCCAUCAGCUGCAAGUAAUUGAGAUUUACACUUGAUUGUAAAUGAAAAUCUUAGCUGCCAGACUUAAAAUCUAUAAUUGCUUCUCUUAAGAACAUUAAAUAAAUAUUUUAUAGACUAAUUUUUCUUUACUUUUUUUAUUUAUGACUUCAAACUAUGUAGGUACUCUCUUAACAUAUUGAAUCUACUUUGAUUAAUUCAUGUUGUUUUAAUUUUUUGAAGUUAUUAUCUAAAAUGUUUUUUUUUUUUUAACUAGUGAAUUAAAAUUUUAUUUUGUUUAUUGACUGAUUUUGUCACAUUUCGUGUUGAAAUAAAAUCUACAAUUUAGUUAAAAAUGUAAAAUGCUAAAAAUUCACCUGUCUCUUAAUUUCAUAUUCACAAGAUAUUUGGUCCACAGUUUUACAAGAUUUUCUGUCAUUUUUUAAAAAAUCUGACUGUGGAAAUAAAACUUUGCUAUCACACUUUUUCAAUGAAUAUAUUGCCAAGUUUAACACCAUCUUGCCAUUUUUUAGAUAGGUCAUUCUGAUAGCUUAGCUGUAAAAUGUGGGCGCCUUAUGAUAGAGAACAAAAAAGGGGAUGGCAUCCACAUCAAGCUGUCCAGUGAUGACAUUGAUCAUGCCAGGCAGCUCAUAGCAAAGAUACAAAGGCCAGGUUAGAAAAAACAAAAUAGGAUUUUUUAAUUUUUUUUAUAAAUUUUUUUUUUUUGCAGUAUUAUCUCAUAAAGCUUCAUUAAAAAAUUUGCUAUUUGCAAACACAAAUAUGUUCCAAGUUAUUAUGAAACUAAAAGACUUGUAUUAAAACUGCACUAAAAACAUAUCUUUUUAAAUUAUACUACCCUGACUGAUUCCCCUCCUCUGACCGAUAAAUGAUCUUGCUGGCUGCCGUCCAUGGUUUGUCUUGUAAAAGUUAUUUGGUGGGGUGGGUGAAUAUACAUUGCUGUUCUUUUUUUUCAUAAAUGUAUUUUAUUUUAAUGUCAUAAUUAUGUCUCUUUUGAUAAAAUUUUUAUGUACAGCGCGGUGAGCCAAGCCCUAGGCUGGGGUGCCGCGCUAUAUAAGACGUCUUAGUAUUAUUAUUCUUAUUAUUAACCCAAUGAGUUUUUUAAAACUAAAUCUUUCUAUUGACAUUCGGGGCAUCACCUUAAGUUUUAUUGACUCCGCUUCUGUGUUCCCUUCUAGCUAUCAAGGCGGCGGGUCAACACAACAGAGCACAGGUUGGCAUUACAUCGACACCUUCUUCGAAGAUCUCUGAGAACAUAAACCCACACCUAAAUGGAAGCCUCUCUAGUGACUCCUCUCCGCAGUUGUCCAGCAAUGAUGUGUGAGUACUAGUGAUGGAUUAACUUUUAAGGUUGACACAACCAGUUUGUUAUGGCUCUCAAGGUGUGUACUAAAACACUGAUAAAAAUAGAUGUAUUGUACCAUACACAACAUUAAUAACUUUAGAGAAUUCAAUUUCGUUCACUGUAUUUAAAAAUUUGAUCACACACAUCUAAAACUAUUGUUGCCGUAAUAUGCAUCUAUUAAAAUGCUCUUCUGAAAAUGUGUAUGGUUCCUUGUAACACAGAUUUGUUUGUGGCAGCCCUUUGACUUUAAAGUCAUCCGGCUGGCCACCUCUGCGUGUUAGGUGAAAUGGUUGGCCAACUCUGCUUGUAAGUCAUAUAGCUGGCCACAUCAGGUCAUCUGGCUGGCCACCUCUUUCUUAUCAGGUGAUUUUUUGGUCACCUCUGCUUAAUAAGGUCAUAUAGCUGGCCACUUCAGGUCAUCUAGCUGGCCGCCUCUUUCUCAUCAGGUGAUUUUUUGGUCACCUCUGCUUAAUAAGGUCAUAUAGCUGGCCACAUCAGGUCAUCUGACUGGCCAUCUCUGCUUAUCAGUGAUAUAGUUGGCCAUCUCAGUUUAAUAAUAUCAUGUAGCUGGCCACUUCAGGUCAUCUGGCUGGCCACCUCUGAUUUCUAAGGUCAUCUGGUCACUUUGUAAACCACAAAAUGAAAUCCAAGAAUACAUUCACAUUAAUAUUCAUUAACACCAUUUUGGACACCUGGUGUACCCUGUCUGCAUAGUUUACACUUAGCUGUAAUUAUUAUUUUAGAAAAAAAUGUUCUGUAGCCAUGUGUUUUUUUUUUCAAAGUUAACUGUUUGUAUUGUCAUCUCUGCAUUCUAUUUUACAGAUCCCCCAUAGAGCUUGAGAACUGGCUCCCCAAGAAAACACCAUCUUCAGGGGCACAGAAGCAUCCAACGCCUGUGUCCCAGAGGCAAACAGAGGCGACACGCUCCAAUACAAACCCUACCCCGUCCAAGCCCCCACCAUCAACGCUUUCUGUUUCUUCUAAGCGGCGGUUAGAAUACUCUGGAGCUCAAAACAAUUCUGGCUCAAAGCAAAACAACAUGAAAAAUGUUUAUGAUGAUGCAGAUGACUUGUUGGAUGAGAUUGACCUCACCCCAAAAAGAUUUACAGCGUAA